AUUUCUCCAGCUCAGGAGGAGAGAGUCAUUCGUUUGGGAUUGUGGGGGAGAGAGAGAGAGAGAAAGAGAGAGGGAGAAGGAGAAGAAAAGGGAGGAAGAGGGAGCGAAGCAGAGAAGGACACCUCAUCAGGCGUGUAGUUCGAAUCCCUGCCUCGCCUCCCCCCUUUCCCCUCCGCGAUGUUACAAAGGCUGUGAGCUGCUUGCCUUUUCCCAUUCGCCUGCUGUCACUUCCUUCCUGGACGCUUUCAGGACGAGUCCGGUUACUUUUAAUCCGACCAGCAGCUCAGCCACUUUCUCCUCCUCCAGGCUGCACACACACACGCGCACACACACACACCCCAAGCAUCUCCCGGCUGCUUAUUGGAUUGACUUUGAAGGUUGUGUGUGUGAUUCAAGGAGGCUGCAUGCUGAACCAGGUGGUGAAUAUUUAAGGCUGGAAGAAGUAAAGGGAUUUUUUCUUUUUCCUAUGAAAGGAAAAUAUCUCAAGGACUAGUCUGAUCAUCCAAACAGCUAAAUGUUUAUAAUGAACGGAUGCAGGGGACUGUGAACUGAGUAGUGCAAGUGCUGAAGAAGGAGGUUUGUUUUGAGGAAACGGGAAAGAGGAAGAAAAGAGAAAGGGAAAAGACAUAAUUUUAAGGAAGAAGGAGAGAAAAAAAACGGGGACUAUGGGGAGAAAAAAGAUUCAGAUUACGAGGAUUAUGGACGAACGUAACAGACAGGUGACAUUUACAAAGAGGAAAUUUGGGUUAAUGAAGAAGGCUUAUGAGCUGAGUGUUCUGUGCGACUGUGAGAUUGCUCUGAUCAUCUUCAACAGCACCAACAAACUGUUCCAGUAUGCCAGCACUGAUAUGGACAAGGUGUUGCUGAAAUACACCGAGUACAAUGAGCCGCACGAGAGUCGAACAAAUUCGGAUAUUGUUGAGACGUUGAGAAAGAAAGGACUUAAUGGCUGUGACAGUCCAGACCCCGAUGCAGACGAUUCAGUAGGUCACAGCCCUGAGUCUGAGGACAAGUACAGAAAAAUUAAUGAAGAUAUUGAUCUAAUGAUCAGCAGGCAAAGAUUAUGUGCUGUUCCACCACCAAACUUUGAGAUGCCAGUUUCUAUCCCAGUGUCCAACCACAACAGUCUGGUAUACAGUAACCCAGUCAGCUCACUGGGAAACCCCAACCUUUUGCCGCUGGCUCAUCCAUCAUUGCAAAGAAAUAGCAUGUCUCCUGGCGUGACACAUCGGCCUCCGAGUGCAGGUAACACAGGUGGCCUGAUGGGUGGGGACCUCACAACCGGUGCAGGCACCAGUGCAGGAAAUGGAUAUGGCAACCCCCGCAACUCACCAGGUCUGCUGGUCUCACCUGGCAACUUGAACAAGAAUAUGCAAGCAAAAUCUCCGCCUCCAAUGAACUUGGGAAUGAACAACCGUAAACCAGAUCUGCGUGUGCUUAUUCCACCUGGCAGCAAGAAUACAAUGCCAUCAGUGUCUGAGGAUGUUGAUCUGCUUCUGAAUCAGAGGAUAAAUAACUCCCAGUCUGCUCAGUCAUUGGCUACUCCAGUGGUUUCCGUAGCAACUCCUACUCUACCAGGGCAAGGGAUGGGAGGAUACCCAUCAGCCAUCUCAACAACAUAUGGUACUGAAUAUUCUCUGAGUAGUGCAGAUAUAUCAUCUCUCUCUGGGUUUAACACAGCCAGUGCUCUUCAUCUUGGUUCUGUGACUGGCUGGCAACAACAACACCUACAUAACAUGCCACCAUCUGCCCUCAGCCAAUUGGGUGACUUGUAAAUGAAUUCAGCUAUGAAAGCUGCUUCACUCAGUUCUGAAGAAGUCUUCUGUCUGUGCAGAAAAUUAUAAGCAUUUCUUUAUUUUAUUUCAGUCACUGAGUUCUAUAUACAAAAGCACCUAUGCUAAAUUUUGGAUUGUUUGAAAAACUUGAAAUUAUACAGAACGUACUCAAUCCAUGUCAACCUAAACUAGAAUUUGUAGGAAGAUUAAAACAAUCACAAAAAAUUAUGGACACCCCCAGGCAUCUGAGAAAAUAAUCUAGAAGAGGUUUGACAGCCCAAAUCCUUGUACUGAGCUAGGUCUAAACUGGGAAGGUUUGGCAACUGUGAGAUAUUUGUUAAUAACAAUAGACCUGUAAGGAAACAGAAUUACUAGACAAGGCAUCCAACUUCUCCAGCAGAUUAUGUUUUUCUCUAGAGCCUAAAAGGUGAAAACCAGCUCUGCUUCCUCAAUGCCUGAAAGAAGAAUAUGGUUAGCAAUAGAAUAGAAUGCAGUUAGACAUAUUCACUUUCUCCAGAUAAGUCCCCAGCAAUUGUAGCAGCACUGUCAGAACCAUCUUUAAAACAGUUGUAGAUCGCUACAACCCGUCACUCUUCAUGUUGACACUCCAGUUCACAGCUGUACCAAUGCCAGUGGGCUUGAGGGGCGUGAAAACAUGGGAGCAAUUCGCUUCCCAGGUCUGCACAGCUUUUAGAUAGCAUAACAACAUAGAGCCUGUUUGGACAUGACUGGAACAUGAAAACAAGUCAUGCUUCUCAACAUUUUAGAUUAAAAAGCAAAAUACUACCUUCAGUAGUUUUAAUUGGGUCUACAGCUGGAAAAAAUACACAGAAAUUCUAAUGACAGCCAAUCCCUCCCAAAACGUUGGGAUUUUGUUCUGAAUAUUGCUGCAGUGUCUUUAACAGAGAGGGUAACUGUGUAUUUAAGAUGGACCAAAGAGUCUGCUAGAAGCUAAUUACCACUAACUGGAAGGGAAGUCCAUUACAGACUCUGAAAUAAAUGAUCUAAACUUUUUUAGGCGCAAGUCCAUUAUAUGGAAAAUGCUCCUUUUCAUCCAUAUUUUGCAGUCUAAGACAGACCCUUUUCUCAGACUCUUUAUUUUUCUGCAUGGGUAAAAUUUUGAAUUUCAUAAAAUAUGAGUGCAAACAGAAAUGCGGUCACAGUGUUUCAUUUGAAGAAUCCUUAGUAUAGAUAUUUAUUUACAUAAAAGAAGUUUCUUCAAAAUUCUACCCACUUGAACAAAAAAUUGUCCAAAUCCAUGCACACUGUUUACUUUUUCUGUGGCUCUUACAUAGCAAGCUUAUUACUUAGCAACAAUAAAUUUUGGUUAGGUAAUAUUAUCCAUUGAACCGUUUUUACUGAAAAAUUUAGAUGUGGUGACAUUAUGUUGUGUUCCUUUGUAUCAGUUCUGCCAACUUCCUUGUUUUGAAUAAAAGCCUUAAAUAUUUAGGACUGAGCCUUUUUUUCUUAUACCAUCAUUGUAAAUAAGACAUUCCAGUGAUAUAGUUUCAUUGUUUAGAAAUUUCUUUUUAAAGCAUAGACCUUAAUGUGUGAGAGCUAAUUAAAAUAUCUUGACACAGACAUUCUUAUUCUUCUAUUACAUUGAUCAAAAAAUAAGAAAACAUAACUUUGCUUUUACCUGAAAGAAAAACGGGAGGGAGGAAGGUUGCAUUGCUAGCAGUUCAAAGGUAUCCUCUAUUCUUCUAGCUGCAGACUAGUCCGUAGGUAGUUACAUAGCCAAAUUUUGCAGUGAAUUUUUAAUGCUUCCUUAGAUAUAUUUAUGGGGAAAAAUUACAUGAAGUAAGGAAGUAAAUUAAUUUAGAGAAGAAAGUAUGGGCAUAAAAAAAAGGUACGUGAGGCUCUUUCUUCCUUUAGUAGACUGCUUUGUCCCUCUGUAAAAUCCUGUCUAUCUGGUGCAUGUUCAUGUCCUCACUCAUCACCUGCUCACACCUGCACUUCUAUCUGUGCAUGCUGAGCUUCCAUACCAGUUGGAGAUUUGAAUAGAUGGACACACAGGACUGAUCUCACUGGCAUCAGCAAGGACUGAACUCACUUGCAAAUUCAUUGCAUCCUGAUAUCAUGAUUUGCUUCCCACCUCUUAGGAGGAGAGCUGCAUAGUUGAUCAAUGUUGAACCCAGAAGGGAACCAGCAUUUCUCCAAUGUUGUUGUUGUAUUUUAAAUAAUGUCACAUUUUCAUUCAUACGGGCUGGAAUAGUAACUGCUAUGUAAAAAUGAAUCAUUAAUUUUCUUAAUUUUCCCCUUAAAAUGAAAUGGUUUGAUACAGUAUGUGGAAAAAGGUGAUUGCAUCAGUAUGACUGGACUGCAUGGCACUUAGUGAGUGCUUAUAGUUAUAUUCUUUAAAGUUAUUUGCUUUAUUUUCUCUGUGGAUUUUCCAUAUUCAAAACCUGUUUGUUUUUCAGUGAACUUAGUGUAGGUUUCAAAUUAUGGAAAUAAGAGCAUACCUGGACCAAAAUUACAUAAUUAAAUGAAGCCACUGUGUAAAAUGUGCAUUGAUACAUGCAGAUACAAACAGCUGUUUCUACACACACACAUACAUGAAAAGAUAUCAUUUAAUAGCAAACAGAAUUCUCAUUUUUUAUAAUACAGCUUCUAUUCUAAAUAGAGGCCAGUCCUCUGCUUAGAAUAUGGAUCUAAAGACUGCAUCUAAGUAUGUACUCUUUCAUCAUUCACAUCUAUGUGUAACAGAAGCUUUUCCUUGUAACUGACAUUUUCUUGUGAUAUUCGCUUCUAAGACAUUCGCAUUAAAAUGUUUCAGAAACUGUUAAUGAAAUAAUGUAAAUGAUAGUCAACAAAACACAGAUAUUAAGAUUCAGAAAUAGUUUUAGCAACAAAAGACAUUUUAAAGACUAUAUUUAAGAAAAAAAAAUUGAAUGGUGACCCAAAUUAAUUGCUUUAAAUUAUUUAUAUUUUUAAACAUCAAAAAUUUAAUCCUGACCUGCCAAAAUGACUUCUUAACAUUUUUCCAAUUCACAAAAAAAAAUUUUUAAACAUGCAGAUGAACCUGUAGCAUUUUUGAAACUGCCACGACCAUCACAAGGAAUCUAAAGAAAAGUCUGUAGAGAUGCAUUCUCAUUCUCACUUCUGAAACAGUUUAAAAAGCAACCUUGCAGUGUAGCAAUACUAGCUCUGUUUCACAGAAAAUGUUCCUUAUCCCUCUAGAUUUGUUCCUUUGGAGGGCUGUCACACAGUAGAAUACAAGUAUGUUCCAUGUGAACAAAUUUGACUGAAUGUGGUUGGUUUUAACUAGCAUGGGGUUUUUAGCUGUCCCCAGCUUUGCAAAGCAACAUGUGAUCUACUCAUAUCAAACGCUUCUAAAUCAAAUCCCCAGGCUCCACCAUUCUGUAUUACAGGACUUUCAGGUUCAGCUAAAAGCUUGACAUCUAAAAUCAUAUGUAAUCUUAUCACACAUACUAAACUGUCAGCCUGUUUUCCCAGCUGAAGUCCUAACAUCUCCUAAGCAAGUGAAAAAUAAAGUCACUGGAAAUGAAAAGCAAAACAAAAAAAUGAGAAAUGUAUUUUUAAUUCUUGUUGGAUUCUUUUCAACAAGUUUUCAGGAAAAAGAGUGGAAUAUUUCACUAAAUUGGAACGACAAAGUCUGAUAUUUACAGUAUGGUAUAUGUGUUAAUUCAAUAGUUACAAAAACAAAGCAAAUGUCCUCUUUGCCAAAAAAAAAAUGCUUACAUUUGCUGCCAUGAUGACUACUACUCAAUAACUCUGUGACUUAUGAAAGGGAUGGCUGCAAAUGUUGAUACUCUUGUCUGCAUAGGAAUGAAGGUAGAUAAAAGCAAUUAGAGGUAGAACAUCCUGUUUUCUUUGUUUCCUAACGAGAUUCAUCCAUUAUUAAAGACUGCAACAGUUCCUGAUAAAAGCAGCUGAUAUCAUUCGAUAUUGAAGCCAUAUAGUUCCAUUUUAAAUCUGUCGGAAGAAAAGUAAACAACAUUUUGCCUUUUAUCAAAGUUAAGAGUAAAUGUUCCUUAAGUAAAGCCAACUCCCAGUUAAUGAGGUAUCGGAACAAGUGGAAUAUUUCACUAAGUGAAAGGACCACACCUAAACUUCAUCGUUUCAUGUUUAAAAAUUACUUCCAAAUACCAAUAUUUCUUCUGCUUUCCAUGAAGAUGCCUGCAGAUCCCUUGGGGUUUAAAGGAAUCUUCUGAGGCCAAGUGUCCUGUUGCCCCUGCUGCCUUCAGUUUCCCCCUGUAUGAAUACUCAAUACUAGAAACCUUGGAAGUGUGUCUUUUGGUUCAGACACUAGUUUCAACCUAGCAAACAUUCCCUGAGGUGGAACAUAAUGUGAGCUGCACGCUGAGAUCUCUAUUUUAAUAAUGAAGAGAAAAAUCAGGUUUUACCAGGAGGUGGUGCUUUUGCACAAAACAUCCUGCCGAUGCAAGAGAUCUCGUUUCUCUCAUAGAGAUGAAGUGCAGUCUCAAUAUUCACUCUCCUCCCUACCUGUUUCAGCUUUCCUCCACCACUACCUGCCCACAAAAAUACACUUGUAAUAGCAAUAUAUCUUGCCUCUGAAAAGUUUUAGCAUAGCUCUUUCACUUGAUGCUUGGAACAUCUUCUGAUCUGGGCUCUCCAACAGGCAAACAGCACAAUCCUUUGACAUCUUCCACACUCUUCAGAUUCUCUUUGGUAGUUUACUCAAAAGCAUUCUGGAUUGAGUUAUGAAUUCGUAGAUUCAAAACCUAAAAUCAUAUCUAAAUCUUUGCCUGCCUGGGGUAUUUUAUUAGUAUCAACCCUAGGACCAGUAAUUUCAGCUAUAUUCUGAAAGGUAUAAAAUGUACCCAGACCAAAUUUUUGUCUCUGUUUUCAAUCUAAAGUCAAAUGUCAUAAUGAACAGUGAAAAAAUAGUUGGAUACUUUCAAACUAAUUGGAUUAAUCUCAGCAGAAAGUCUGUGCCUCCCCUGUCUCAGCUGGUGCAUACACACAAACACACAAGCAUUAGUCAUAAAGAAACCUGCAGGUGGUUCAACAGUGCAAAGGCUUGCCUUCCAAAAUUUGUUGUUGACAAAAGGAGAGAUUGAAAGCGAGACCCUCUUUCAAACCAAGGGCAUAUCACUCUCAAGCCCACCACAAUUGUGGAGAUACUUUCAUCUGUUUUAAUUUGUGAUUCUGCCCAGAAAACCAGCACCUGCUGGUCCUGCGCAAGCCUUUACACUGGUGUUUUGUGCGAGUGUUUGUGCAUAUCUGGGGGCUCCAUGCCUCCUCCGUCUGUAACUGGGUUUCCUUUCC